AUAUAGGUAUGAAUAUGUCAUUGUUCCCUUCCCUCUCACACCAAACUCAUCGAACAAGGAAAAUAAAGGAACUCAGUUUUCAGUGAAGUUAGUUAGUUAGUUAUUGAAAGACAAGACAUGACGAAGCUGGUGCCUGUUUGUGUCUGCUACAUCACUUUGUUCUCGAUCGCUUCUGUUGUCUGCAGGUGCCAUAUUAGGCUCAACAAAAGAGCACAUGGAAGACGCUAGAGAUAUGCUGUACUUCACCACCACUGAUUUGAAAAUAGGCAAAAAAAUCCCUUUCUAUUUACCUCCUUCGACCCCUCCUCUAUCGUUGCCCAAAGAAAUUACCGAUUCAAUCCCUUUCUCGCUCAAACAACUCCCUCAAAUCCUCGAUUUCUUCUCCAUCCCCUCAGGCUCCCCCCAAGCGCAUGCUGUGGAACUUACGCUCCGUGAGUGUGAACGCGAACCCCUUGUGGGAGAGACCAAGUUUUGCAGUACCUCCAUGGAAUCCAUGGCAGAGUUAGCCUGCUCUGCCUUGGGCAGUAGUGUCAAAUUUCUGGCCACUACCCUUCUCAAGAAAUCAAAAUCCCCCAGCCCCACCAAUAAUCUCCAAAACUACACGCUCCUCCAAAUGCCUAAUGAAAUCAAAGUCUCUAACUACUUCGCUUGCCACAUAAUGGCCUAUCCUUAUGCGGUUCACUACUGCCACUCUCGGCUGAGCCACACCAAGGUGUUCCAGUGUGCAAUGGAAGGUGAAAAUGGUGACCAAAUCCAAAUUCUGGCUACUUGCCACAUGGAUACGUUGGGCUUUAAUCCAAACCAUCGCGCCUUUCGAGUGCUCAAGGCCAAACCAGGGACCAUCCCCCUCUGCCAUAUAUUCCCAUUCACUCAUCGUAUAUGGAUUCCCCUCUCUACUUUUGCUUCUGCUUGAAAAAAUAAAAAUAUGUAUGUAUUCUAUGUUGUAGCUACGGGAGUUCAUUUUAAAUUUUAUGGCAAAUUAUCUUUAUUUUGUUUAAUACAGCCAUUUGGAAAAUAUGAGGAUUAAACUUUCGAAUUCGAAGAAUAUAUAGAGUGCAUGUCAAUUACUGUUU